AUGGACAAGAACUCGAUCGAGCCUGAAAACACUCGCCUUACUAAAACAGUCGAGGGGAGUGCUCCCAUCCUCCAUAUUCUACAGGCAUCCGCCGAGACCUCGUCGGCUACCACUGAGUUGCCUGGAGGCGACCAUGGGCUGACCGUGCGUGUUGCACCUGGAGAUCACGCAGCCGAACUCUUCAAAGUCUGCGCAUCUCUCCAGGAGGCUGCCAAGUACACGUCGAAUGACACGCAGGUGAAGAUCCUGAGCGAGUACGUCGAGUCCUUCACCACCGGGAGCAUCGAUGCGUACCGCAAGUCGCAGAAGACUUGGGCUACCGAUUUAUCACCCAGGGUCGAGAGCAUCUUCGGCUUCGUAGAACCCGAUAUCCGCGAGACGUGUGGCUUGGAGGACGAGGCCAGCAUCCCAGAUUUCAUCUAUUACGUGUACCUGACGAUCGGGACCAAGGGCAUCGACGCCCUCGCCUCAUUCAACGCGGAAGACCAAUCUUGGGGUGACCAGCACGCCAGGGGCUCGUUCGCAAUUCUGAGGCACUUGCUGGAGGAUGGUGGCUGCACCAUCGCCGUCGAUCACUCGGAGGGAAACCUGCACGUCCGCGUCGAUUGCUCCAAGAUCCUCUCGCACGGCAAACCUUCGCUGGGCCGGCUGCUGCUUCGCUUGCACGUUUGGCGCUGCGCUGCGGACAGCGAGGCGUGCAGGGAGUUCUACGGACGGUUGAGCGCCGUUGACGGCCCGUUUGAGGCUUGGAGGCAGGCCGCCAUAGCAGCGUGGUCGAACGAGAGCUCAUCGCUCGUGCAGUUAGAGCCUGGAUCGAAGAUUGUACAGCCAAAUACCAUUCUUGAAGGGGAUGGCCGAGUGGUGUUGAAGUUGUAUGACGCCAGCGAUGAAGACAUCAUCCAGUAG